GCACAGGAUUCUCUUCUAUUUCACAGUACUUCAACGUUGCUCAGUUCACUCCCUCCCCCCUCUCUCUCAUACACACUCCCCCUCUCUCUCGCUCAGCUGCUCUCCCUCCCCUCCUGUGGAUGGUGUAGCUCUCUCUCUCUCCCUCUCUGUCUGGCGGAGCCGUGGACAGGAUUGGAGGCUAGUAGUGAGUGACUGCGGAGAGAGAGAGAGACUGAAGAGAAGAGAGGAGAGCAGAGCAGAAGAGAGAUCUAUAUUAGCAGUAUCUCUGCUGGAUACCUCUUCAAUAUUUCAAUCAGAAUUCUUCCUCAACCAGCUCGAGCCUCACACUUCCCACCGGACCCCCCAUCACCCUACCCUUACCAGGGGGACAUAUGAACAGCACAGAGGGUUUACCACCCCGGACCUCCACACAGGGAGCCAUGUGAUACCCCCUUGCGCUGCUGAAAUUGCCCCAAAUCGGUGCUCUGAAUUGGGAUUGAAACCAAGGAUUGUAUCCCCCCUGCCUGAAACCCCCUCCUGGGUUUGUGGAUCUUCUUUAGCUGCAAGAGGAGGAAGGGAAGGGAGGGACUGCUAGGUCUCUGCAUACUCGGCUGGGAGACACUCUUCUCUGGGCAAGUGUGGGGUGUGUGCCCCCCUUGGGCUGGAGGCCAGCUCUCCAGCACCAUGGAUUACCUACCUGGGAUUGUACUGUUGCUGCUGUUCUGCGGGGCGGUGGUGCCGGGGCAGGGGGAGCCCAAGCACAGCGUCCCCAGGUUAAAGCUCUCCUACAGGGAGAUGGUAGAAUCCAGUAACCUCAUCACUUUCAACGGCCUCACCAACAGCUCCGGCUACGACACCUUCCUAUUGGACGAGGAGAGAGGAAGACUGUUGGUGGGUGCCGAGGACCACGUCUUCUCCUUCGACUUGGUCAAUCUCAACAGAGAGCACAAACAGAUCGCAUGGCCAGCCACGCCCUCAAAGCGUGACGAGUGCAAGUGGGCGGGGAAAGACCUCGGGAAAGAGUGUUCCAACUUCAUCCGAGUGCUCCAACCCUACAACUCCACCCACCUGUAUAUCUGUGGUACAGGGGCCUUCCACCCCAUCUGUGCCUACCUGGAGAUGGGCAAACGGGCAGAGGACAACAUCUUUCGACUGGAGUCGUCCCACUUCGAGAACGGCCGGGGGAAAAGCCCCUACGACCCCAAGAUGCUCUCUGCGUCCAUCAUGUUAGAUGGGGAGCUGUACUCUGGCACAUCGGCAGACUUCAUGGGAAGGGACUUUGCCAUCUUCCGAACCCUCGGGGAGCAUCAUCCUAUCAGGACUGAGCAACAUGACUCUAGAUGGCUCAAUGACCCCAGGUUUGUAGGUGUAAACCUGAUCCCAGAGAGUGACAACCCUGAGGAUGAUAAGAUCUUCCUCUUCUUCAAAGAGAACGCCAUGGACGGAGAACACACUGGCAAGGCCACUAUUGCCCGCAUAGGACAACUGUGUAAGAAUGACCUGGGAGGUCACAGGAGUCUGGUCAAUAAGUGGACCACCUUCCUCAAGGCCAGACUGACCUGCUCAGUGCCAGGCCUCAACGGCAUCGACACACACUUCGACGAGCUGCAGGAUGUCUUUCUGAUGAGCUCCAAAGAUCCUAAGAACCCAGUGAUCUAUGCUGUCUUCACAACUUCUAGUAACAUAUUCAAAGGCUCAGCAGUGUGUAUGUACAACAUGGCAGACAUCCGGAGGGUCUUCCUGGGUCCCUAUGCCCACCGAGAUGGGCCCACCUACCAGUGGGUACCCUUCCAGGGGAGGGUGCCCUACCCCCGCCCUGGCACGUGCCCCAGUAAAACGUUUGGGGGCUUUGACUCCACCAAGGACCUCCCUGAUGAUGUGAUCACCUUUGCGCGGGGCCACCCGGCCAUGUUUAACCCUGUGCACCCCAUCGGGGGUCGUCCCAUCGUGGUGAGGACUGAUGUGGACUACCAGUUCUCCCAGCUAGUGGUGGACAAGGUGGAGGCCGAGGACGGACAGUACGACGUCAUGUUCAUUGGAACAGACCUGGGCACGGUCCUGAAGGUGGUUACCAUCCCAAGAGAGAGCUGGCAUGACCUGGAAGAGGUGGUCCUGGAGGAGAUGACCGUGUUCAGGGAGCCCACCCCCAUCACAGCAAUGGAGCUUUCCACCAAACAGCAACAGCUGUACCUGGGCUCGGCGCUAGGCGUUUCCCAGAUGCCUUUGCACCGCUGUGAGGUGUACGGGAAGGCUUGCGCUGAGUGCUGUCUGGCCCGUGACCCCUACUGUGCCUGGGAUGGAACAGAGUGCUCCCGUUACUUCCCUACCGCCAAGCGGAGAACGAGACGCCAGGACAUCAGGAAUGGAGAUCCCCUCUCCCAGUGCUCCGACCUGCAGCAUCAUGAUGACGUGGACGGGCUGGGUCAUGUGGAGGACAGGAGUGUGUACGGAGUGGAGAACAGCAGCAUGUUCCUGGAGUGUAGUCCCAAGUCCCAGAGAGCCCUCAUCUACUGGCAGCUCCAAAGACCCAACGAGGACCGCAAACAUGAGAUCAAGUCGGAGGACAGGAUGAUCCGCACAGAGCAGGGCCUGCUCAUCCGCAUCCUCACCCAGGCCGACUCAGGCGUCUACACCUGUCAUGCUGUGGAGCACGGCUUUAUCCAGCCCCUCCUCCGCCUCUCCCUCCAGGUCAUCCCCACACAGAGGCUGGGUGAGCUGCUGCCUGGUGGGCCUCAGGGUGGAGCUGGAGGGUCUGGUGGCGCAGGUAGUGGGUCUGGUGGUGCAGGUGGGCCUGCUGGUGCAGGGCACUCGACAAAACACAAGCUGUGGUACAGGGAUUUCCUCUCCCUCCUCGACCACCCUGACCUGAACAGCGUGGAGGAGUUCUGUGAGCGUGUGUGGCGGAAGGAGCGCAAGCAGCGGCGUCUGAAAACCCCCACCAUCACCACCAAUGACCAAAGUCUGGCUAGGCCUGACGGCGGAGCUCCAAGCUCAGGCCUAAAGCCUAAAAGUAGUCCUCUUGGCGCAGGUGCACCCAAUGCCCAGAAGCAGCAGAGCGGGCAUCCUACGGUGCAGCAGCAGCAGAACAAAGAAGGGAGCCCCCGGAGCACGAACCCCCAGAAGGUGCAACACCAUGCGGGUACGCUAACCCAGGCACAGGCCCCUAAAAACAACAACCAGAAUGCCCAGAACUCUCAGGCCACACCCAACACCCAGAGCCCCCAGAAGGGCCAAGGCGCCCUGGGGGGAACCCAGGUGCCUGGUGGUGGGGCCAGAGGUGGACCCCAGCACACGGCCAAGUGGAGGCGGAUGCAGGAGAAUAAGAAGGGGCGAAACAGGAGAACCCAUGAGCAACAGAGACCCCCGCGGAGUGUCUGAGAUACACACACAGCAACACACACACUUACACACAUAUUGUACAUUAAAAUAUAGACUUGCUAUCCCAUAAAGAUAUAAUGUAGGAUCCCACAUAAUGCAAUACUCAUGGUCAUAUGCUCAUUCACACAUAAUAUGUAGACAGAAAUAUACCGUCCAAAUGGAAUGCUCUAAAACAUACACAUAAAACACACACACACACACACACACACACACACACACACACACACACACACACACACACACACACACACACACACACACACACACACACACACUGCAAAUACCCUGUGAAGACUUGGAGAAGACUGGCGACUAACAGGACAUUGAAGACUGAGGCUAAACUGGAAUCGUAUGCGUACUGUACAUGCUAACCAUGUGGAUAUAGUGGCCCAGGGGGUACAAUUUGAGGAACUGUGUAGUCCAGGUCCGUGUUGCAAGUGGGACCGAGUUAUCUGGCGGACACAUAGCCCUUCUGUACAGACGCUACUUCCGUAUAGGACUGGGAUGGGGUUAAAAAAAACAUUCAUUUUCAGUGAGGAUGAUACAUAUUCAGACCUCUGGACAAGUUUGGACAAUGGCCCCUACAGGACAUUUCAGAAGACAUUUCAGAAGGGGUUAAGACUUUUAAGUUCAGUAGGGACGUCCGUUACUGCAGCUACUGGCCUUGUUGACAUGCGCAGAAGGAAGAGGAUGUCCACUAUAUAGAGAAUGGAAGAACUAUAAGGAUAAAGAAUCAUUUGUCCAGUCGAUUGCAAACUAGAACCGAAAUACAUCAAAAGAAGCACAGUCAUUUUCAGAGAGUGAACUGCAUUUCCCACAAUACAGUUUGUCGGCUCAAAUUUAUUCAACUGAUUCGAUUACAAUGACUCUCAUGAAUGAGCACUUUGGGCUUGUACAUAGAGCUUGACUGUCUUAUAGGUCAAACAGAUUAAAUGGGGCACAGUUAGCUGAUUAACAAUCCACAACGGUGCCCUGCAUAUUGUUUAUAGUUCAAUAACAGAAUUAUUCAACAUAAACCGACAAAAUCCACAUUAGCCUGUGAUCUGUGCAGCAAAAUCAAGCUUCUCUUCCUCCCAAGGCUUGAAAAGCAUUGUGCAUGUCGUAGUCAAUCAAUGUUCAUGAUUUGAAUAAGCUAUUUCUCGCCAGUUACUCGCUAUGUAAGGUUUUUUUAUGUUAAAGGAGUCCUAUGAAAGAAAAAUCUAUUUUGUGUUUUUAUUUGAUAUUUACUUCUCUCUCUCCCUACAAACCACUGCAUCCCUGUAGGGGUAAACAUUUAUGUAGUAGAAUUUUUUGACCUGCCCCUUUAAGUUAUUAUUCUUUCUUUGCUUUCUCCUGGAGUUGUGUGUGAAUUUAUAAUUCCAGUCAUAUGUUCGUGCUCAGUCUGGAAAACAGACUGCCUAUUGAUUCUGUACAUAUACAUACAACAACAAAACGACUCUUUAUGUGUGUAAAUAUAUACAACCAGAACACCACUGAUUAUUUAUUUCUCAUUGUUUUGUGAAAGGGUUGCAUUUAUUUUUGAUAUUCUGGUAUUUUGGCUCAUCAAUAAUCAAGAAAAAAAACUGUGGCACAUUGAGAAACACAAACGGACCAAUGAGGACGGACUUCCUCUGUCAAGGACUCCCUUUUUUUCCCGGGGGGCGUGUUUGGGAAGUGAACCACGGGGUGAAGGUGGGAGCAGGGGGUUGUUGUGUGUUUUACAGUAUCCAGACUGAGAGCCUUCAGGAGGAUAAGCACAAGUUUCUCAAACCCUCUUCUACGUUUCUGACUCUUCUGGUCUUCCUAAAUGGCUCAUUUUUCUACCCAGGAGGUGUUUUCGUUGGAGUUUGGAAUCCCAUCCACCUAUUUGUUCAUCCCAAAUACUCAUUUUAUGUAAGAUAAUACUACCCAAAACCUGAUAAACAUUAGCUGUGAAUUCCUAUGUAAGAAUUAGUAAGGAAAAGGUUCCAAUCUAAACCUAGUCUGAGGACGCUGAGUUAAAGCUGCAUGUGAAUGCUACUUAAGUGCAUCUUUUCUAUUGUCUCUAGAUGUUUCCUGUGAGAGGUAAAGGUCCUGUGGGCAACAUGUGCAAGAGAGAUGUGAAUAUUCUUCCUUUUUGCCCAAACAAAGAUGCCAACAUGUACCAGGGGUGUAUUCACUAGGAACCAAACAGAAGCAAACAGGCCUAAACGGGGAGGGACUAACCUGAACUUGUCCAAUAACAAACGCACAUUUUUGUCGCAAAUCGUUUUCUGUAGCUAAACGUUUUGCUAUGGUGUCUGCUAAUGAAUACACCCCAGUGAUGUUACUCCAACCCCAAAACUUGUAUUAAGACCUUCAACUUUUCAUACAACAAUGUGUUUCCCCCUCAGUAUACAACAAGACUGAUGUGUCACUGCAAUAAUGGACAGCAGAUAGCAAGGUUUCCUGGUGGUUUGUGGUAUGUUUCCGGUCUCUCACGAUGUGUAGGGUGGACGAGGAGAGAACAGAUACCUCUGCUGUAACAUGGUUCUUCCUGGCAUGCGUUCAGUUGUCUAAUUAAACAUUUCCUGUAAAACCUA